UGGUGGCGUAGGGGGGGGUGGGUGGAUACGAGGCUUCGUGUGUCGCUGGGGGGAGUCGCAGCAGCAGUGAGAGGAGGCGCAGCAGCAGCAGCGGGGAAGAAGCCGCGGCCGCCGCCGCCGAAGAGGAAAAAAAGGCCUCCCUCACCCCCCACCACCACCACCAGCACCUUCGUUGUGAAACAUCGCAGCAGCAGCAACAGAGACGAUUGUCGCCGUCGUUAUAUCGCAAAGGGGGGCCCGCGUCCUGCCCGAGUAGCGUGGGGGUGUUUUUUGAGCCACUGGUGGGUCCUUGCCUUGGUCAUUCUGGAGAAUAUUCAUAGAAUAUACAGGACCUUCAAUCGACUGAAUUUACGUGAAGACCUUGAUGGGCAAAGCGAUAGUUCCAUAACAGUUGCGGAGGUGUCCUGCGGCUGUGCGUCCUGCCACUGUACUCACAACAUGCCCGUCAAGAAGAAGAGGAGGUCCCCUUGCUCUGAGGAGGUCACAAUCAAGCGCUCUAAGAGAGACGGCUCCGUGAGGGUACAGCCUUGCAGUACUAUGAAAAACGAAGACUCCUUCACCAACAAAAGGUGUUUAACCUGGUUUAGUGAAUACACAGGAAAUGAUGAUGUUAUUGGUCCAGAAGGAAUGGAGAAGUUCUGUGAAGACAUUGGCGUGGAACCUGAAAAUAUAAUCAUGCUUGUGUUGGCAUGGAAGCUGGAGGCUCAGAACAUGGGUUUCUUCACCCGGCAGGAGUGGCUGAAAGGCAUGACCGCCCUGCAGUGUGACAGCUCAGAAAAGCUGCAGGGAAAGUUUGAGUACCUGCGCUCACUUCUCAAUGAUCCCGUGUCCUUCAAGCAGAUCUACAGAUAUGCCUUCGACUUCGCUAGGGACAAAGAUCAGCGAAGUUUGGACAUUGACACAGCCAAGUCCAUGUUGGCCCUGCUGCUGGGCAGAAUUUGGCCUCUCUUCUCCUCUUUCCAUCAGUUCCUGGAGCAAUCCAAAUACAAAGUGAUCAACAAGGAUCAAUGGUGCAAUGUCCUGGAGUUCAGCCGGACUAUUAAUGCAGACCUCGGAAACUAUGAUGAAGACGGCGCAUGGCCAGUUCUCCUGGACGAGUUUGUAGAUUGGCAGAAGCGAAAGCAGCCUUCGUAGGCAGCGUGAAGCCAAUCGCAGCCUCGUCCCCAGCUCCUUCUCCCAACAUCGGCGUCCCCCACCUCCAGGAGCCAAACGCGUCACUUAAAUGGAAAUACUUCAGCCAUACACCUCAGCAGUUUGUUUAACGCAUGCGGAGCACACACACAAGUUAUACAGAGCUCAGAGACUUGAAAAUUCAACGUGAGUGAUCGCUAUUUAGUCCUUACAUCCGCCUCCUGCUGACCCACCCACUCGCGUACGCACACACUGUUGUGAUCGCCUUGUGCAGUACACAUUGUAUUGUAUUUCAGCAUUGUAUGCAUUUCAACAGACCCUGAGCAUUGCUUGUAUAUAUGACCGGUUUGUUUUGUACUGGAGUCUGGCAAAUGUUUUAUCAUUUGCAAGCAACUCACAAAACGGCUGUAUACCUGUGACAAAAGAAAACAUUUUCGAAAUGAUAAUAAAACAGUAGUAAUUAAUGACUGGCAACAUGCUUUUUGCAGCGUAUUUGUUUUUCAUUCAUCCUGAACCAUUAUUUAGCAGUACAGUAUUGACAUUGAACACACUUUAGUGCUGUAUGGACAAUUAUGAAUUAAUGCAAUGACUAAUUGUUGAGAGGAGCACACAAAACUUGAGGAUUUUAGGUUUGUGGAUUAUUAUUAAAGCUACGUGUUAAAUACUUCAUCAGAACUUGAAGAAGAGAAAAAAUAAAUGCCUCUUUUUUUUUAAGAAAAUGGCAUUGCAAGAAAAAAAUCAUUUUUCAUCGCAUUUUUUUGAAAUUCGUGUUUAUUAGUGAUUUUGGGAGGGGGGGUGGGUUACGUUGGUGUUUGGAGCCAUGCUUAAAACGUCUUGUACAGAUUAUGUCCACGGAUUUACUUGUGGCCGUUUGUCGACUGUUGACGCAAAAUAACAUUUUUAUUCUUUGACAAGUUCCUCAAGUCUGCAGUGUUCCUCUUGUUUAUAUAUGUUUAGCCAAAAAAAUGUUUAAAAGUGCAAAUGUGGGAGAAUGUGACACUUUUCUUCAAUACUUUAGACAGUUUCGUGUUCAUAGGCUCGAUGGCAAAGUUGCCAAGGCUUUGUAAACCACAACGUUGGCAAUCUCUAACAUCAAGAAAUAAAUAAAUUGUAUAAAAUGUG